GAGCAGAAAGAGUCAAAAGAGAAAGGAGGGAGAGGGGGAUCUUGGUUUCAUGGUUUGAAGAGGGAGCUAGCAUUACAUGAGAGUGAAUCGGAGUGAUGACAUUGUCCCUGAGUACCAGUUGAGUGCACCUUUACAUCCACCUAUGUGCAGCAAGGGCUAUUCAUCGGCCUGAGCCCCCACAGGUAGAGCCGAUGGACAAAGGGACUAACGGGCAGUUAGAUAAAGCCCUAUCCUGUGAGGAUCCAGCUUUGCUGCUGACACACUGACGUGUAUUAUACGUCUCAGGUUCCUGAUUGUUUCAGAGGAAAUUAGGGAUUGAUUCUGGAUCACCCAGAGUUCUGGGUUUCACUGUCAACCUGGGCCAGGUGUGCUGCAUCAGCAUGGAGAAAUAACCCUGUGAUGUCUGAGGGAAAAACCACCAAGAUGGACAUGGAUUAAGGAGUGAGGUGCUCAUGUAAUGCUCAUCUGAUGACUGAAAUGACAAGGAUGGAGACCGCUUCUUGUGGUUGCAAUGCUGUAUGAACUCUUUGUGGCUCCUGAAGUAUCCAAAGCUUCUACAGAGAAUCAAAUGGAGAAAAAAUACCCUGUUAUCGCAGGAAGGGAAAAAGGGCCCGGACCUGGCCGCUAUGGGCUUCCUCCCACUAUUGGGUUUAUUGGCCAUGACUUCACAAAGCCAACCAGCCCUGCCUAUUCUUUCCAUGGUAGAAUGAGUGACAAUAUGUAUCAUGUUGACUCUAGUCCUGGGCCCCAGUAUCAUGUUGAUGCAAAAAUGACACGUUUUGGAAGGGAUGGUACUCCUGCAUAUUCAAUGUUGGGUAGAGUGAGAGCUCAGAAGGAGAUACUCCAGACUCCUGGUCCAGGCGCAUACAGUCCAGAGAAAGCCCCACCAUGCAACCUUCAGCGCAGACCCCCAUCCUACACAAUGAGCUCCCGUACAAACUACAGAAGCAUCGAUUCAGUACCAGCUCCAAACAAGUACUCCCUCCCUCCACUCAUGGGCCCUCAGGUCCCAAACAAGCCAGCCAGUGCAUGCUACACAAUGUCAAGGAGUUACGGCACAGGGGGGCCAUCUGAAGAUUUAGCAAAGACCCCAGGGCCUUGCAGAUACAACAGCACUGACCCGAGUGUUUAUCUAAACCGGCAGCCAGCGUUUUCCAUGCUGGGACGUCACAACCUACCUAGAGAUGCUACAGAGAAACCCGGUCCUGGGACUUAUAGCCCGGAGAAAGUGACUGUUCACAAAUCCAGGGCACCGGCUUACUCCCUGGGCAUCAGACACACUGAAUUUGUUACCCCACUAGUUGUCAACAUCUCUGACUGAGCAUUUUCUUCUUUUUUUUUGUAUUAAUGUUUUUUGAAAGGCAUUUACACUAAACAGCUGUCAUAGGAAUACAAAAUAUUCAUGUCUAAAAUACAUUUCCAAUACAGUCUGCUUGUACAAUGUCCUUU